GCUAGCCGCAAUGUUGUCAGCUAGCGCAGCUGAUCGUAUGGUUAGAGGUCGAUCAGUUCACUAGAAACAGAAAUUUGCAAUACAUCAACAAUGGCAGAACACGAAAUCUCUGUGCAAGGAGCUGUAAAUGUCAUAGAAAAUCCUGGCGUUUCGAGCCAAGAUGCCGUGGACUGCUCCGAACCUCCUCUGAAGAAAUCCAAAACCGAGGUAGAGGUGGAGACGGAGGAAGUGCCACAGGACGAGGACUUGGAACAGAGGCUGAACGAUAUCCUUUGCUGCUCGGUUUGUCUUGACCUGCCCGUCAAUUUAGUUUACCAGUGUGUGAAUGGCCAUCUGAUGUGUGCUGGCUGCUUCACACACGUCCUGGCUGAUGCCCGGCUGAAAGAUGAACAGUCGACGUGCCCCAACUGCCGCUGUGAGAUCAGCCGGACGCAGUGCAGCCGCAACCUGGCCGUGGAAAAGGCGGUGAGCGAGCUGCCCUCACUGUGCCAGCACUGCGCCUGCAGGCUACCCCGCAACGUCCUGGAGCACCACCAGCGCUCUGAGUGUCCGCAAAGAAUUUCCAAGUGUGGGUACGCGUCCAUUGGCUGUCUGUGGAAAGGUCCCAACCGGGAGGUCAAAGGGCAUGAGAAGGACUGCGAGUACCCAGGGAAGACCGGAGCCGAAGUCUUGGCCGCUGUGGAAGAGUCCAGUCGGACCUACCAGUCGGAGAUCAGGAACUACCAGAGGAUCAUCGACCUGUUGUCCUUUGAAAAGCUGACUUUCAAUGAUUUGCAGCUGCGCCCGUACCGCACCGACGACUUCAUCACCAAACUGUACUACGAGACCAGCCGCUUCACCGCCCUCAAUCAGCAGUGGGUGCUGAAGGCGCGCAUCAACGACAGCGAGCGCAACCCGCUGCACUCCACCGAGCGCCACUUGACCUACCAGCUGCUCCUGAAGAGCCGCAUCAGCAACCCGCUGGCCUUCCACUUCAUGCUGCUGGGUGGGCCAUUCACCGACGUCAAGGUGCGGCCCGAGGUGUACCGCUUUGAGUUCACGGCCGACCGCACCGAGUCGCCCCACCAUCUCAUGCCGCUGGCCAAUCAGGGGGACGGCAACAAGCUGCUCUCAGCCAAGACCAUCAAUGUCAGACUACUGUUGUUCCAGGUGCAGAAGUAAACGACCUAAUCAAACCGGCCUAGGUGUCGAUAUAUCUGAAACUGAUCUAUUAAAGAUGAUUUCAGGUCGUCAAGGCCGGUAUAUAUUCUGCAUUGCUUUCAUCUGUGCGUGAAAUUUAACAAAUCAUAUUUCCCAACAAGACUAAGUCUGACGUUGAUGGUUGUGAAAUUUUGUCUUGGUACAGCAAUGCAAACAGGUUUUUUCUGUUUAAAGUGAUGCAACCAAUUUGCUAUGUAUCAAUGUGGCUGUUCAGAGAAGAAACAUCAAAUCUGGGGAACAUAAAAUUGGAAAUGGCUUCCCCUAAAACCUUUUCUUCAGGCUGACCAAUUCACUACUGCAAAAGCAGUCGUCAAACUCAGUGUUCCUUUAUUUUCACACAUGAAGGAACUGAGACCAUACUUUGUUUUGACCUGUCCUGGCUCUGUCCCGGAUUUUGCAGAACAAAUCCUACAACCAGGACUAUCAGACAAGUGUAACGUAAGGGCAGAUCCAGAGCCAAAUUUUUUUUGGGGGGGGGGAUUGUUUUGGGAGACCAAAAAUGUUGGAAAUUUUUCCGUGUGACCCUUUAUUGCCUAUCCUGGGAUUGAGGAUAUAUAUUCAGAUAUAUAUUCAGAUAUUUGGGAUUUUGUACACAAUUUGGAGGAAAGAAAAAUGAAAUACAGGCCCCCCCCCAAAAA